AUGAAUUCGUCGACCUCUUUGUUCAAAAGAACUGAGGUAAUUGGGAGGGGGAAAUUCGGUGUCGUGUAUAAAGGUUACAACAAGCAAACCAAGCAAGUUGUUGCCAUCAAGGUGUUGAAUUUGGACACACAGGACGAGGAGGUUGCCGAUGUACAGCAAGAGAUCCAAUUUUUGACUGAAUUGAAGAAUGUUCCUAACGUUACCCACUACUAUGGGUCUUUCUUGAAUGACACCAAGCUAUGGAUUAUCAUGGACUACUGUGCUGGGGGGUCCAUUCGAACCUUGUUGAAGUCGGGAAUCUUUGAAGAGAGGUACAUUGGUGUUAUAGUGAGAGAGUUGCUUGUUGCGCUCCAGUCUGUGCACAAGUUGGGUGUAAUCCACAGAGAUUUGAAGGCUGCCAAUGUACUUAUUUCCAAGGAAGGGAACGUACAAUUGUGUGAUUUUGGGGUGGCGGCGAAGAUAACGUCGUCUGCCUUCAAGAGAACUACAAUGGCCGGGACGCCAUACUGGAUGGCGCCAGAAGUUAUCCGUGAGGGUGAUGGAUACAACGUAAAGGCUGAUAUAUGGUCGUUGGGAAUCACUGUGUAUGAAAUAACUACGGGGAAUCCACCUUAUUCCGACAAAGAUGCUAUGUGGGCAAUGCAGAUGAUCUCCAAGCUGACGCCUCCACGACUUGAGGGAAGAGAGUACUCUGUGGCACUUAAGGAAGUGAUUGCCCUCUGUUUGGAUGAAAACCCUGACGAAAGACCUCUGGCUGAGGAAUUGGCGAGGUGCAAAUUAGUCAAACAGUAUAAGAAUCUUCCCACCAACAUCUUGAAGGAAUUAGUCACCAAGUACUUACUUUGGCGAGAUCAGACUCCUUCUCAUAGGGGUUCCAUUGCGAUAAUGAACCUUGACGAAGAGGCGAAAAAGAAUGCGUUGGAGAGGAACAACAACCCCCAUCAUCCAAAUAUUACCGGUAGACUGAGCUCUAAUGACGACCUUGAGGAGGACGAGACUAAUAUCCAAAUUAAGUGGGACUUCGACUCUUUGAGUUCCAAAGAAUACAUUAUUGAAAAUGAUAUUGACUUGGAGAAUGUAGAUGAAGGCUACAACUUAUCAUAUCUUGAUGAUGAACCACCUUCUGCGACCACUGAGACUUUCGGGCCAGGCUUUGGCACUGCCACAGCUGAGCAUACGCUCAAUGCAAACUACCGCCCUACUAUAAAUGGAGCCACUGGUAAUGGGGUUGCAGGACUUAGAACAAACUCGCACACCAUGGGCGCGAGUACCAUUGUUCCUCCACCUAUUACCUCAUCCCAACCUUCGACAUUUCAAAAUAAUGGAAACCAUGCUGCUGCUGCUGGUAAUAACGACAUCCCCAAAUCAUUACAAUCUCUUUUCGAGGAAGAGGCUGGAGACGAAGGUUCAGGUUUAAACAAUGACUUGGCCAAUAAUUCCUCCAUUCAACCCCCUCCAGGAAUUGACUUGUCAAACAAUGAUAGAGUUGAUUCUCCAACUAUAGAGAUUCCUGAUAUGGACAACUUAGCUACGUAUUCAGCAACCAAGUCAAGCAGCACAACCUUCAGCACCGUUUCCAAUCCCAACCCUAAUAAUAUUAAUCCUAGCACAAACGGUACAAGUAGUAUCAAUAACAAUAAUAGACCUGCAUUAAAUAAACCACCAGUUUUAUAUCAUACACAAUCUGCAUCUGGAAACUUGGAAACAAGAUUUUCCUCCAAUACUGGGUCUGGUAACACCAGUAGCAAUGGAAGUAACGGAACCGCCAACUAUAGCGGCAAUGGGGUCACACGCACAAGAAAGAAAACCAUAUCCAAUAGUGCCAACUCCGUUAAUUCUACCACCUUCUCUGCAUCACCUUCCACACUUUCCCACCCUACUUCCACGACAAUAUCUACUCAAGAUCAACAGCCUCAUAUUCGUAGCACUCCACCUUAUGCGUCUAAUGGAGUACUGGAAACACCAUCACCAAAGCCCAUUCCAAAUACUGGUCUAAUUGCUCAACUAGCAAACAGCACAACCUCACCUUCCAAGUCAAUGAAAGCUUUGAAUUAUUCCACUAAUCCAUUAUUGCAGCCUAUUAAUUUUAAAGCUCAGUCUGAGCUGGUACAACUGCUGGUAGCCAAUGGAGGUAGCAUUAGUGAAAAUGAAGAACACGCUGCAGCAUCUGCGUUGCCUCCGCCGCCGCAACCACCAUCUAUGGCUGCCAAGCCCAAGAGAGCUAGGCCUGGUCUUCAUAUUCAAAUGCCGACACCUUCCAGCACUAUUAGUAGCUUGUCAGCGCUCACCAAUAAUGAGUUCGAACACAAUAGUAACCAUGACUCCAACGUGAAUCAGUUUGGAAUUAACCCGCAUCAAAUCAGCUCCGCUCCAAUGGCGAUGACUCCAGUUGCUGAGAUAGAUGCCAACCUACUGUUCAAUUCUGAAAACUCAGAGACUUUUGAUUCAGCUACUGCUACAUCCCUGGCGAAUGCUGGGAACACCAGAGAGAGGUCAGACACAAGUGGCAGUCAGAGGGCACCAUUUGGAUCGGAGCAACAACAGCCACCUAAAAAGUUAGGAAGCAUUAGUGCGCCCGGUGGUGGCUCACUUCAGCUUCCAACUAGAUCAACAUCCAUAAGCUCCAGUCCUGUUAAUUUUCCAGCUCCGAAGUUCCCCAUGAUUUCUCCGAUCAAUGCGGAGUUUUUCAUGGAUAGUACACCCAAGCAUAAGUUAGUGACUGAAUUAGAUACAAUGCUAAAAUCGUUCUCGCAAGCGCUAGAUGCAUUGGAGUAUAAUUUAUAG